AUGGAGGCCGAAGCUCGCAUUGUUUAUGUGUGCAGCUUGUGCCUGCGUCAGUACGAUCUAAUGGAGGAUUUGCGUGGGCACAUGGUAUUUUACCACGGCUGUCAGCCAAUUUCCGGUGGCCCCAAAGCCGCAAAGACGCCAACCAAGCCGCAGUCAAAUGGCGCCUCCAGGAGCACCCUGGAGAAGCAAAGUAAAGAGAGUCCGGAAGAGAUUGCAGUUCCAACACCAACGGAUUUGCAACCAAUGCCAUUCAAGGACUUUCGACUCGUAUUGCGCGCCAAUAUGCGAGAGCCUUGUUCCGCGAGCAAGGAUUGCCUGUUCAAGUUUGAGGAUGCCAGCAAGGUAGAGCUGCAUCGCAGCUGCCACAAGGGCAGCAGUUUCGCUUGCUGCGAAUGCGCUCUGGAGCUGCCCAAUUGGCGUCGUUGCUCCGCGCACCUGUGGAAAGUGCAUCAAAUCGAUGUGGAUCUGCUGCGCUGCCCGGCGCUGGAGUGCAACUACAAUGCACCCGUGUCGGCACUCGUCUGGCGGCAUAUGCGCGUGCACAAAAAGUGGCGCCCGAGGGUUUUACGCUCCCUCGCAGCGGUUCAGCGCAGACGGAAGCUCAAGGAACAGUCCGGCGAGCCAGCAGCGGCCACCGCAACGCCCAAGAAGAACAAAUACUAUGCGGAGAAGACGUGCGAGAUUUGCAAUCGUCGAUUUGUCAAUGGCAAAACGCUCUCCAAGCACGUGAAGACGGUGCACAAUAAGAUCAAGCCGUUCAUAUGCAAUGUUUGUGGCAAGAAGACGGCGCGCAAGGCUAGCCUGAUCAUACACAUGCGUCAGCACACGGGCGAGAAGCCGCUGCAGUGUGAACAGUGCAAGUUCUCCACGCGCGACCCCAGCGUCCUGCACAAGCAUCGACAGCGACAUGGCAGUGCGUCCAAGCAGCGCACGCUGAGGUGCGGCCACUGUGACUACAGCUGCAUACAGGCCAAUGCCCUGAAGCGUCACAUGCGGCUGAAUCAUGUCGAUGCCUAUCGCGAUCUGUGCUGCGAUCUCUGCAGCUACACCUCAAUCAAUGCCGAGCGCUUGCUCGCACACAAGCAGGAUCAUCGUCAGGGUUUGAUAACCAACUGUGAGGAUUCCAUGGAUGCGGCACGCGCCGCUGGCUUCAAGUAUCCGCGCAAGCUGAGCGACAAGAACAACGAGUUCUUCUUCUUCAUCUUCUUCGUAAAAACGGAACACAAAAAAGAUUUGCAACAAAAAUGCAUUUUUCAACCAGAGAUUUCUGCUCAUUCUCGGUGUGUGUUUUUUAUUUUGCCUCUUUGGAGUUCUGCCUGAUUUGAUCCCUGCUCUGCUCCCUCGCUCCUUUAUGGCCCAGGCCGGGCAUUUGGCUCCCUUUUUUAGAUCUUGGUCUCAACGCUGCCCUUUUUCUUUGUUACAAAACACGGAAAAAAAAGGUAGGGAAUAUCCAAAAGAAAGAAUACAAAGAAUAGAAAAAAGUAUUCGAUUAAGUUAGCUGCUGCCACAGAACCACGGGGGAGCCAACAAGAACGCGACGAGGAGGAGGUUGGAUGCCAUGCAAAAGAUUUUAUUGGUGUGAGGGAGCAGGCGCUAGAUGUAUGGUUCUAUGUCAAUGAGAGCGAACAGUGCAGCAUUGAGAAGACGAAACAACAAAAUGGGCAUGAGAAUGGAAUUUACUUUGACUUCUUCCAUGACUUUUUCUUCGACUUUACGCUUUAACUCUAAGUUGAUUUGGCUUUUGAUUUAGCUUUGAUUAUGCUGAUAUUAUCCAUGAUCACUACAACGUUUAUUAAACAACUAACGAAUUCA